AUGUCGCAUAAACUUGUCAAACGACAAUGUUCAUGUCAACCAUCAUCUUGUCGUUGUACAUCAAUCCAAUUAGUAUUGCAAAUUUCGUGUUUUUGUCCACAAACUUGCAAAUGUCCAUCACCCAUUCCACCACCAUAUCAUCCUCCCAUAACUUAUCCCAUACCAACGACAACGUUACCACCUGUCACGUACACGUUACCUCCAAUUACACCUGUCCCUGUUGUACCCGUAGGACCAACUCAAUCUCCUUACUGUUGUAUUCUAUUCAUUUGCGCCAGUUGUGGCUCUUAUGGUGGUACAUAUGGUGGACUACAACCAUCAUCACAAUACAGCCCUCCAUCCAGUCAAUACUAUUUACCACCCUCUACUGGUUAUCAGUACCCACCACAAUCUCCAUCAGUUUAUCAAUAUCCAGUCGUAAAACAUUAUCAACUUCCUACUGGUCAAACAUCAUACGGUUAUCCAACUACAACAUCAACAUGUUCCAUUGGUUUUACCAUAUGCUUGGGUGGAAGCUUUUGCUGCAAAAAUUGA